CCUGUUCUCCGGGUUUUCAAGAGACCCAGCAAGAAUUCUGAUGGUUGGACUCGAUGCUGCCGGUAAAACGACGAUCCUGUACAAGCUGAAGCUGAACGAGGUGGUCUCCACCAUCCCCACCAUCGGCUUCAACGUGGAGACUGUCAGCCCCUGCAAGGGGGUCAACUUCACCGUGUGGGACGUGGGGGGUCAGGACAAGAUCAGACCCUUGUGGAGACAUUACUUCCAGAACUGCAGCGGUAUCUUGUACGUGGUAGACACCAACGACAGGGAGAGGUUUGUUGAGUCACGGGAAGAACUGAAGAACGUCAUCGACAGCGACGAGAUGAGAUCCGUCCCUGUGGUCGUCCUGGCUAACAAGCAAGACUUGCCAGGAGAGAUGGCGACCUCCCAGAAGUUGACAGAACACUUCCUGACAUGCACCAUAUGUACAGAGGUGUUUGACAAGCCCUGUACACUUGUGUGUAAUCACACCUUCUGUCGGAAAUGUGUCGUCAACUACACCAAAACCAGACCAGAAGCCAUCAGUGCCAAGUCUCUCCUGUGUCCAUUCUGCAGGAAGAUGACGAAAGUGUCUAACCCCGAGAGACCGGUGGAGGAGUGGGCGGAUGACGUCAAGCCGAGCUUCGUCAUCCAGGGACUGUUGAACUCGUUUGGCCCCGGAUCUAAAGAUACAACUAACUGCAGUUAUUGUAAGGAGGAUGGGGAGACAACUCCAGCUACAUCUUGGUGUUCUGUUUGUGACGACGCACUAUGUGAACAAUGUACAAGGAUGCACCAACGAAUCCCCUCCUUCCGUCACCAUGACGUAGUUGACCUGUCUGGAGAGACAAAGGUCAAGGUCAAGAGAAAGGUCAUGUGUAAAACUCACAAGGACGAGAAUCUGAAAUAUCUUUGCAAAGAUUGUAAAACAGGUGUUUGUCAAACAUGCUGCACUAUCCAUCACAGGAAAUGUGAGAUGAUUGUUGAAAUUGAGUCAGAGAUUCCUGCAAUGAAAACCGAGCUGAAAAGGAAUAAACAGAAUUUGUUAAAGAAACACGAUGAGAUGAAAACAUAUGUUGGAAAACAAAACUUCAUUGUCAAAGAAGAAUUGGCGCUAUAUAUACAAAUAGAAUCAAGUAUCAAGUCUGCAAGUCUCAAAGCAAUACAGAUGAUCAAAGCCAAGGAACGGAAACUUCUGUCUGAAUUGAAAGAGCUGUCUGACAGACACAUUGGGCAACUGAAAGCAGACGUAAAGUCGGGUGAGAUGUCAGUACAGAUGUACCAACAACAGGCUGAGCUGAUAGACCAGGCUCUACAAUCUGAGUGUGACAUGGAUGUGUAUGAGAUGUAUCAGGGAUGUGAGGCCGGUGAUGUGGAGGCUGUCGGAGUCUUAGACGUGAAUGAGAAGGGAAGAAUAGACAGGAUAACAUUCAGACAGGACACUGACAAGCUGAGUAGAGCACUGGAAGAUCUCCAUCUGGGUGAGAUACACGUCCAGUAUGACGAUGUGCUGGACCUGAAGGCUGCUCCUGUGUUACAGGACACCAUUGAUGUGACUGUAGCAGGAGAUGCAGGUAGGGGAGACCCCUAUGACGUAACAAUGCUAGAGGUGAAUGGUACAGACACAGUGGUAGUUACAGACUACAACAACAACAGUGUAAAGUCCUUCUACACCAGGAACAGUCAGCCAGGUCACAGCAAGCUCAGUCUGGAAGGUAGACCCUAUGGUAUAACAAGGCUGAAACACAACCAGGUGGCUGUCACUGUGCCGUAUACCAGUCAGAUUGUAACAGUUGAAGUGAACCCUGACCUGGUGCUGCUCUCGACCAUCACAACCAGCAAACAGUACUGGGGUAUAACGUCUCUGACACCAUCAACACUAGCAGCAGGUUCCCACUCCCCUCCCUGUGUUGAUAUCCUGGAUAUGUCGGGACACGUGCUGAAGUCAGUUUGUUCUGGUCACAGAAGUGGAGACAUCUUAAAGUCUCCCUACUCCCUCUGUACCACGAGGACGGGAAACAUCCUGGUGUCUGACGGUGGAACCAAGUGUGUCGUGUGUCUGACCCCCGAGGGUGAUGUGGUGUUCAACUACAGACCUACAGGAGACACAGCAUUGAAGUACCCACGUGGUAUCACAAGUACCAGCACAGGCGACAUCCUGGUGACAGACUUCUCAAAACACAGAGUCAUCCAUCUGACAGAGUCAGGACAGUUUGUCAGAAACAUACUGACAUCACAGGAUGGUGUCAAGAGUCCAUGGGGACUGUGUGUUGGUGGGCGUGGUCGUAUGUACUUGUGUAAAGACAAUGAAGUGAAGGUAUUUACAUGCUGUAAGUGAGUGAA